GUAAUAAAAACUAUGGCAUACAAAUCAUGACAAAAUCCGUUUAAACAGAAAGCCCAGGGUUUAGCCAUAAACAGGUUGCCCGGCAUUCUUACAAUAUAAAGGAGCCAAUAGGCUGGCCGCUAGUUAUAUCAUAUAGACUGUUACAGAGCCAGGGACCAGUGCUGUGCUGGGAAGGCUAAACAUGGUCCCUCUACUGCAAGCUCUUCUUCUGCUCACCCCGGGUCUCCUUGGGAUCACUCCUGGCGCUACAGACUGUGGAAAACCUCUGGUGUCCAGCCGCAUUAUGGGGGGGCAGAGUGCACAGGAAGGGCAAUGGCCCUGGCAAGUCAGCUUUAGGAACAAUGGACGGCACUUCUGUGGUGGGACUCUUAUUUCCAACCAGUGGGUCAUCUCAGCAGCUCACUGCUUCCCCAGUUCCAGCUCGGCAAGCUCCAUCACUGCGGUUCUUGGGGCCUACAUGAUAGACCAGCCAGAUGGCAAUCAGGAGGCCAUUGCAGUACAAAGUGCAACUAAUAAUCCUUCUUACAUUAACGAGGGGGACAGUGGGGACAUCAGCCUUGUACAGCUUGCAAGUCCGGUGACCUUCACCGACUACAUCCUCCCAGUUUGUCUGCCGGCAGAUACGGUGACGUUUCCUACGGGGCUGCAGUGCUGGGUAACCGGCUGGGGAAAUAUCGCCUCUGACACCAACCUGCCAAGCCCGAAGACUCUGCAGGAAGUAGCCGUGCCUCUGAUUGAUGCAAACAAGUGCAACACAUUAUAUCAAACCCCAAAUUCUGAUGGUACGAGUUCAAUAAGUGUUCACAGUGACAUGAUCUGUGCGGGGUUCAUCAAUGGCGGCAAAGACUCAUGCCAGGGUGACUCUGGGGGACCCUUGGUUUGUUCUACAAGUGGCCAAUGGUUCUUGGCCGGAGUGGUGAGUUUUGGUGACGGCUGUGGACAGGCAUACCGCCCAGGGGUAUAUACCCUCAUGCCUUCAUAUACUGACUGGAUAGUGUCAUAUGCAUCUGAUGCCUCUUCCAAUAUGAAGUCCGCAACAUUCUCAGGCCCUAUCAUUUCUCUUAAUAACACUCCUCCACCUAUCAUUUCUCCAAAUACGACUCCUCCUCCCGAUAACACAGCUCCACCCAUAAGUUUAUCCAUUCUUCAUAUCAUUUGGGUAGCUGUUCUGCUGCAUUGUCUAUGAGGUCCUAGCAGAGAGGUAACUUAGAAAAAAAAAACAUUGCAUUAACAAUAGGGUUGCCACCUUUCUGGUUCUGACCCAGACAGCCUGGUUUUUCAAGGGGCUACCCGGGUCAAAACCUUCUGCCCAUUUUUCUACCCUCGCAAUUGAGUCCAAUGGACACAAAAACCUUCACCCUGACGCCAUCACGCAAUGCCGUUAAAGAUGAAAGAGAAUGUGAAAAUGACUACACAUUUUUUAGUUCACAUCUAUUAAACAUAAUGAAAAUAAAUAAAUAUGAAAUUUAAAAAAUUA